AAGCAAACAGAACCAAAAACAUUGACUUAAUUAGAGGGAAAUAUGGAAAAGCAAAAUUUAUUUUUGUGCUUCCUUGUAUUUUUAUCCUUCACAAGUUUUUGUCAGGGAGAUAUUGGAGCUAAGUUGUACUGUGUGGCAAAUGAAUGGGCGAGUGAUGAUACACUUUUGGAAUAUUUGGAUCACUUACCUUACAAAUAUGUUAAGGACUUAGAACCUGGAAAACCUUGUUACUUGCCUUUUACCGCUCGUAGCCAUGCUUCCUAUGCUCUUAACCUUGUUUAUAGGAAAACUGACAAGUGUCCUCGUCAUUUGGGUGUUAAGACAUUAGUUAAUCCUUCUUAUGGAAAAUGCAAAUAUCCAUAAAUGGAUUUGGACAACAGUACAAGAGAAAUCCUUCAGUGAGAGGAUGCAAACAGCUAUUGCUUAUUGCUUUUUAAUUACCAAUAGUCUAUAUAUCAACCGUUUUAGUAAAUGUGUAACAUAUGAUCCUCAGUUGUAGUUUCUUUAAGGAAUAUGUUUGAGAUAAUACAGCAGCCUCUUUAUCCAUAUUAUAUAAGUAGGAUUUUACAUAUGAAA